UCCCAUGCUGGAUUCUUGCGCCCCUGCAACGGUGCCGCCCCAAGCAACUCCUUUCUUUGCUGGUGCCUAGAGCCGGCCCUGGCCCCACUGCCUGGAGCCAAAGCCAAAGUUUGAGAGCUUCAGCCACAGGCAGCGUGGCUCAGGCUUCGGCUUCAGCCCUGGGUGAUGGAGAUCAGGUUACAGGCCCCCACCAGGGAAGUGGGGCUUGGACUUUGGUUCCCUGGGAUCGGGCAGUAAUUUUUAUUGUCAGAAGGGGGGUCGCAGUGCAAUGACGUUUGAGAACCCCUGGAAGGGGCCAGACCAGGUGAGUGAGCUAAUAUUUUUUUAUUGAACCAACUCCUGUUGGCGAGAGAGACAAGCUUUUGAGCUUACACAGAGCGCUUCUUCACCUGGACCACGCUUCCUGUCGGCAUUGGCAACCUAACACAAGUUUCCAGGAGAUGGUCUAGCAGUUUGCCAAUAAAGGGGCUUUCUGGUGUGUCAUAUGCAGCUGGGAACCUGGAAAUAAACGACAGAAAUUUGGUUGGGGGAUUUGUUGGUUGGAGGUUUAGCUAUGCUUGAAGCUUUGGGUUUCUAAACUUUGGCGGUUUAUUUCUGAUUUUUGUUUCUUUGCCCCUCCCCCCUUUUAUUUAAUCGUAUUGCUUUUCUUUUCCUCAACCCCUCCCCCCUCCCCGUCAUCCUCCAGUCUGUUUGGGGUUUUCAAAAAAAAGAUUCUCGUUUAGUUGUUGGAACAGCAUAUUUAUUUAUAAUUCUCCCAUGCAGUUCCACUCGUAAAUUGGCUGUCUGCUCAUGUUACUAACCUAUUGAUCUCCAAACGGCCAAAGCAUUUUUUCUCAGGUCCAUACAAUACAAUGCCAAAGCAACAUAACUAGGUAUGUCUUACUAUUUAAACCUGCCUCUUGCGUUCUAUUGUUUGUUUGGCCUGUGCUUCCAAGACAACCAAUGGCCUUUCCCAUGUAACUUUUCGUACUGCGUGCAACUGGCCACACUUCCUCCUUAGUUCUUAGUCAGCGUCUGAAAAAGGUCAGCAGGGACCGAGAUUCUGUGAACCAUAAUAGGGCAUCAAAUGGAAUUCAUUCAAUCAAAGCAGCCAGCUACCCAGCCGUCCGUGACACCCGCUGUGUGGUAGCUGGACAAUGAGGUUCAAGAACAACCUCACUAUUGAGGUGAAAGACAGAGAAAUAGGUUUUCUACUGAUGAGAAUGUUCUACAUCUUCGGAACUAGAAAAUCCAAUUGAAUGCAUCGCUAUCCAACUCCUUAUACGUACCAAUGCACCAGCAUAACUAACCAAAAAAGGCAACUGGAAUCUGUUGUCUUUAAAACCAAAAAUAGCUUUUGCUUCAAAAACUGCACCUCUUCUUUUUUUAAAAAAGAAAGGAAAAUAACAUUUCUGGCAGGCGGUGAGUUAUUCCCUGUCCUUUACAGCUGGGAACUGCUCAGCUCCAGAUUAUCUUCACAGUGGCAGCCUGUUUCUGCAUUUUCCGGAGCAGAUUUUGAGUGUUAAUCAGAAGGGCCUUGCUUAAGAGACCUAUGAGCCUUCAGCCAGACAACUUCCCGCACUGGGAAUCAUAAAUAGGAAUGAUGCCCCUGUUUCCCAGUCUGCAAACCACUUCAUGUGCCCUGCAGCGUGUCUCAGCCUCUGCGCUGCUGGAGUCAGAGGAGUUUCUGAGAAGACGGAUAACUGGGAGCCAAAGCUUUUCUUUUAAUUUUGCAUUGACUGGCAGGUUUCAUUGAUUCUGCCAGUGUACCCUAAGCUGCUUCAAGUGGAGAUGGAGAUUUGGCUGUGCUAUUCUUGUAAAGGCAAUGAGGGGAAACAAAGAAAAAAAGACCAUGUAACCACUCUGAAAACAUCCCAUGUGCGCCGGACUGUCCUUCUGGGCUUACCUGAAAUGCACUCAAGGUUCACCACUGGGAUGGUUAUUCACACUCAGGGAUGGUAGCAAUCCGCUCUUCAGUGUCUUAACACUAUAAUAUUUUAUUGCCAGCUACUGUAAUAAUGAAGUAGAAGGGUCUGAUCCUUAUACUUGUGAUGGAGUUAUUCUUCCACCUACUGAAGUAGAAGGAAAGGCUCCCACUGACUUCAGUGAGCACAAGAGCCUGUGCUGUACACAGAGCUGUUUUGAUUCUGUGUCACGGGGGCCAUACAUUCUCACCAGUACAUAACAAAGGGAGGGCUAGACAGAUCUCUGAAGGGAAGCACGCCUUUGCCUAUGGAAGAGUCUUGUAUUCUUAAAGGAAAAAAGAACUGUCAAGCCAAAUGCAAUUCAGAUGAAAAAAAUCCUAUUGAAUCUCGUAUGGAAAGCGGGAUGGGAGAUACAGAAAGCAGCCAGCUGCCUCGGAACCCGGUGUCCUGGAAUGGAGUCAGGGGAGAGAAGGAAAAAUAACAAGAAACCCCAGCAGGGAGCACUCAGCCGGUCUAAUCCAGCCAGAUUAAAAGAUUUAGGCAGAUCAAAAAGGAAAAGCAAACUUUAAAACCUUGGCUAAUCAGGACAGACGCUUCCACCUGCUGGGGAAUAGGGCAGGCACAGCUGUGUUACUCUGUACUGAGGGCCUAUGUUACAAAGGGUUGUGUGUUUCCUGUCUCUUUUUGCCAGUAGGUGGUCAGAUUACCCACUGUCUGGGCUGGCAUAUUUGGACAGGGUUGAAAUAUUCUUAUAAACUAACUAUGAAAAUCUGUCCGUUUCACCUUCCUCCAAAUUUCUAUCCAUUGUUCUCUCAGCAAGCACUCAAUAAUAUGUAUAGGUGGAAGAAUAACGCCAUCACAAAGCCUUUGCUUGCCCAGAGAGAAAAGAUAGACUAAGGGUAUGUCUACACUACACACCGGAUCGGCGGGCAGCGAUCAAUCCAGCGGGGAUUGAUUUAUCACGUCUAGUCUAGACGCGAUAAAUCGACCCCCGAGCGCGCUCCUGUCGACUCCUGUACUCCACCCCCGCGAGAGGCGCAGGCAGAGUCGGCGGGGGAGCGGCAGCAGUCGUCUCACCGCGGUGAAGACAUGACAAUAAGAAGACACGAUCUAAGUACGUCUCCUGAGCCCCAGGCAAGCUCUGUAACUUACCACUGGAUCACUUUUCCCUUCCAUUAUAGACCAACAGCCAAAUAUUCAUUCACAGACUGCUAGGCAAUGCACAAGUCGCAUGUUCGGUCAGGGUUGGUAACAGCUACUGCAGCAAAGGCUGCAGCUCAGAGACGCCAAGGUUCAACUUGGAUUUCACAUCACACAGCUUAGCACUUGCACCAUUGCUUCAUCCACCCGCAAAGCACCCUCUGCUUCCAAUUGAUGUUCAGUUAGGAAAGAUGCCCACUGACUUCAAUGGGGGUUGGAUCAGGUCAGGUUGGAAGCAUUCAGAUACUACAAUGAUGGAGUCUAUACAUUCAAAAAUCUCAGUAGAUAAAUCCCAACACUCUUGCAGUGCCACGGUAGCCUGUACCCUUUCACAGCACCUAUAUUAACAGUACGGGACCUGGUUUUCAGCAAGGCCUCAAUUCGGUCUCCACUUGUAUACGUACAUGUCCAUGCACAGUGUCCUGAGAAGGGAACCUAACGAGAAAGCCCAGCGGGCAGCACUCAGGUAUUCCAAUCCAACCAGUUUAAAAGCAUUAGGCAGAGAAAAGAGGCACCAUUGAAGUGCAUUGCCUGCACACACUGUGGUGUGCAAUAAACAGAGUUUAUAGGCACAAAAUCCUUGUGGAUAAAGAGGUUCCCACCUGUUGUUUUUUUAUGACCUGUGUUCAUGUAUGAUAGAUUCUCUUACCAUUCCACCCCUGCCCAUGGGCAAAUGAGCUGAUGUUUGGGAGGACAAAGAUGCACAAUCAUAAGUGGAGGCCACCUUUUGAAAAUCAUACCCACAACAGCUCCCAUUUUGCCAAGAAUAUAAAUUCAUGAACCUCUAUCAUUCAAGCAUGAUUUAAUUAUAAUGCAAUAACUUAUAUGAUCUCUCUUUUCCCUUCUCCUUAAGCUUUCUCUCUGCCUCCAGCUGGGAAAACUACCCUCCUUCCCUAUUUGAAGACAAGACGUUGCUGUUUUUGGCUGUUCUCUCAAUCUCCAAGAUUCUUCCGGCUAGACGCUUUUUUUCAUCUGCUGAGCUGUUUUAGGAAUGCUUUAGGAAUGCUCGCUAGAGUUUAGGGGGAGCAAUGCAAAGAAGAAAAUAGACCUUUUGCCGCUCUGAUUGGUAAACUAAUUCCGGUCCUGAAAUGACUGACUUUUUUCCCAUAUAAAAUAUGAUCAAAGGCUCCUGCCAACACACAGCUACAAUAUAAUGGGAUGUAAAUGAGCGUUGCUGUGCCAAGGCACCCCAGCUGAGGGUCUGCUGCUCUGCUUCCAGAACCGAUUUCCUUUGUCAGUCUCAAGUGGUUGGAGAAGCAGAACUGAAUUAUAAUGAGUGAAUGGCCGCCCAACAUCUGCUUUGCCUUAUUUAUCCUAUGCGUGAAGACCAUCUUUCGGCUGUGACAAAAUGUGGUGAACUGCGCUGUACUUGGGUAACCUGGAGCUACUUUCAUGCAGUAUGGUUUUUGAUAGGCAGGAUGGUCUUGUGGAUUUAGGGUGAAAAGAUGUCAUGAUUUUAUAGGGACAGUCCCGGUUUUGGGGGCUUUUUCUUGUAUAGGCACCUAUUACCUCUCACGCCCUGUCCCGAUUUUUUACACUUGCUAUCUGAUCAUCCUAUGUGGAUUAAAGAGAGGCCCAGGGUCUAUCUCCAGCUCUGCCACAAACUUCCUGUGGGACCUUGAACAAAUCACUUAAUCUCCCAGUGCCUCAUAGACUUGAAGGUCAGAAGGGACCAUCCUGAUCAUCUAGUUUGACCUCCUGCACAUUGCAGGCUACAGAACUCACCCACCCAUACCUGUAAUCUCGCCUUCCUUCUCUUCCUUCUCCAUCGCUCAUAAGGUAUUGUGAGAUUAGGAGUACAGGUUUGCAAUUGGGGUUAGGGUUGCAAGUCUUAACUCAUUAACGGUUGUGAAGUGCUUUGAAAUCCUCAUCAAUAGAAAGCAUUAAUUUUUUCUAUUCAGUUCAGAGUUGCUUACCUAUCACUAAUAUUAUACAAAGAAGGGUUAUCUUGGAAGAUGGUCCUACUGGGUGAUUUACAGGGGCACAUAAGACUAAGAAAACCACAUUAUAGUCAUGUGUUGUUCACACCCCCCUCAUUCACCCUCCCUCCUGCCCAUUCUUGCCAUUCACCCUCUUGUUGCCUCUCAAAGUUUGCAAUUGGGUGGAGCUUUGCUGAAAAAAAAUAAAUUUAGAAAGUUCAUAACUGAGAAAGUGGGUGAAUAGGAACCUCUCAGUGUGUCUAAUUCAUAGUAUCUUCUGGCCUGAGCAUCUAUCAGCCUCCAUAAUAGAACUUUCCCUUUUCAUCUGCAGCCUCAUCUAACAACCCCAAAAUCUUAGGGCAUCCUGUCUGGAGAGGGUUACAUUCAUGUGAACUAGAACCUUUUAGUUUGGAGCCGGAGCAUCCACAGGGGGUGAGUUCUAGAGCAGCACUAUGGUGUGCAUUGCUGUUCACAUCACUGUAGUCUGAACUGCGGGGCAGUGUAGACCAGUGGUUCUCAACCAGGAAUCUGGGGGCCACAAGCAGGUUUCGGAGGGUCUGCCAAGCAGGGCUGGCAUUAGACUUGGUGGGGCCCGGGGUAGAAAACCAAAGCUCCACCACAUGGCGCUGAAGCCCAGGGACCUGAGCCCCGCCACCCGAGGCUGAAGCCAAAGCCUGAGCAACUUAGUUUUGCAGGCCCCUUGUGGUGUGGGGCCCUGGGCCGUUGCCUGCUUGCUUCCCCCUAACGCUGGCCCUGGCUUUUAGAUGCAGAGAAACAGCUGUUGGGCUGUGGAGUUUUUAUAGCAUGUUGGGGGGGGGCUCAUAAAGGAAAAGGUUGAGAACCCCUAGUGUAGACAAACCCUAAGCUGCAGAACUGAAUUGGCUGGUAUCUCCUAACGUUGUAAAUGUUCUUUUCUCAAGUCAUCUGCCCAACCUGCUCUGAAUAUGUGUUUGGACUUUGUUUUUCAGACUGUCCGAAGAGAGACACUCCACCUUUGAGCUUCACUCCUGGGAAGAAAAUCUUAAGCUUUGAUCAGAGUACAAGCCCCCGUCUGGAAGAAGAGCUGGAGCUGGGUCACUUGCAGCUCCUGGAAGCGUUGUUUGCUACUCACAGCUCUCCCGAAGGGGAAGACCAAGGCAGGGAAGCAGAGAAUGAAGACCAGUGGGUGAGACCCUGCAGAAAGCAGAAAGUGCAGCCACCAGGAAGUCUGACUCUACAAGAGUUUCAUAGAGCCCUGUCGGAGCUGACUGGCUCCGAGAGCUGGAACAACCAAUCAGAGCUGCUUUUCAACAAGGUUGACACCAGCUGCGAUGGCCUUAUUGACUGGAACAAGUUCUGCGCAUACCUGCUGCUCUAUUACAAAGAAAGGGACCACAUGAAAACCAAGAAGGAGAUCUUCCUUGGCAGGGAGCCCCUCAUCCGACACUCUGUGCAGAACAAGCUGGCGCCAACUACCAGGAUAUUGGCCAUCUCUUCACCACCACCACUCUGGUUUGUAAGUGUCAGCAAAGGAGGAGUUCUUACUACCUGGGACAGCGCUCUACAUAUUCAAAAAACGUAUGAGAUUGCACCAGAUUCCAAAGGCUCUCAAGCAGAAAAAAGAAGAUUGAAAUCCUGGACCACAGAUGCUACGUACAUGGCCAAUGUCCACAAAAUCGCAGUAGCCACCACCUGCAGGGAUAUUCACUUUUUUGACGUGUCCACGGCAAACCUUGUUGAAGAGUUUCAUUUAUUUGCUCUGAAAAAUGUUCCAACUUCAUUGUACUACUGGUAUAAUGCAAAGUCCUUAGGGAGUCGCUCCUUGCUGCUCUGGGGAGAUGACCACGGUGGGGUUCACCUGCUCUGGCUGCUACACCCUCAUUUGGGCGUCUUUGAAAAGCCCUUCACGGAUCAGUCGGGGCCGCAAAGAGUCUUCCUGCAGGAAAUUAAAGAGCACGGUAAGCUCCUGCAAUAUCAAACCAUCCCAGAGGUGCAUGAGGAAGCUGUUUCCCAAAUCCAGUACGUAGCAGAGGGAGAACUCAUCAUCACAUCCUCAGGCAGUCCCAAGACCUCUGUGGUGAUCAUGGAUAUUCUCAGAAAGAGAAAAGUUUACACCUGGAAAAUCAAGAAGGGCGUAAAAUGCUUCGACUACUGCAAAUCCCUGAGUCUGCUGGUUACCGGAGGAGUGGAUCACGCUGUGCAACUCUGGAACCAAUAUGUCCCGAGCUGGCCAGUUGCUACCUUUCAGGGACAUUGUACUACCAUUCUGGCAGUUGCCAUCCAUGAGCCCCGAGGACACGUAUUCAGCUAUUCCAAGGACUCGGUCCUGAAAGUCUGGGAUAUUUUCUCACAGGCUUGUCUGCAGACCCUGGCACUCCAGUUCCCAUGUGUCCAGCCAGAACAAACACUAGAACAGGGGAAUUUUCCCUUCUUGCUCAUCCAGCAGUCUCCCCACCUCCUCUUAAUCUCCUGUGCUGAUUACAUUGGAUUGUUGAAGCUCGCGCAUGUCAGUCCUGAGGAAGAAAUGCUGGCUACCCAUGAUGCACCAUUAUGCGGUGCUCUGUACAACACCUUCUUCCACCAGGUGGUGACAGGAGGUGAUGACGCCACUGUUGCUGUGUGGGAUGUGGAGACGGGGGCCAAACGCCUCCUCAUAAACAAUGCCCAUGGGAAGGAAGAGAUUACCUGCAUGGCCCUUGACAACUCCCAGCACAGGCUCAUUACGGCAGCAAGGAAUGGGACCAUAAAGGUCUGGCAUAUUCAGACUGGCCACAACUUGCACCAACUGGAGGUAGUGGAAGAAGCUGAAGUCACGGGACUUGUAGCUUUGCGGGAUCAAUCAUUGCUCACAGUGGGAUGGAAUCAGAAAAUCGUCCUUUAUGAUUUCUGUGAACCUGAGGCCCUGUAUGUUACUGCGCAUCCUUCUUGGAAGGGCGGGCAGCUGCACAAAGAGGACAUCCUGACUGUGGACUAUUGUCCUUCUCUUGGGCUCCUUGCUUCAGCCAGCUUCGAUGGAGAAAUUAUCAUGUGGGAUGUGGAAUCCCAGAGUGUGUAUCUCUACCUCAGACAGGCUCAGCCCGAAAGGUCACAUCCUCCAGUGGAUAAACUACUCUUUCUCCAGCAUCGAUCCCUGGAUGGUGUUUCAAAAGACAGUGCAAUCCUUGUGAGCUCUGAUGCCGGGAACCUUCGCUGGUGGAGCGUCCUUGCAGAGCAACGGGAAUUUGGUUUUUAUUAUGCCCCAGCUAAAGAGGAUGCGUCUGUGACUGGAUUGUCAGCCAAUCAAAUGAACAGUGUUCUUGUAUCUGGAGACACAUGUGGAUUCAUCCAGGUUUGGGACAUUUCAGAUUAUGGGCUGUCCCCUAGAACUCAGGGCUCUCUGGAAAAGCCUCCCUUACUGUGUAGCUGGAGAGCCCAUAACAGCACUGUGGUGAGUGUCGAGCACUUCAUGUUCGGUUCAGAUUCAUUCAUUCUGAGCAGCUCCUCGGACAGAAGCGCCAGACUGUGGACCCCAGACGGGAAAUUUGUGGGAACCUUUGGGCAGGAAAAGAGAUGGGACUUGAAAAAUCCAUCAACAUUCGCCCACCCCAAGGACCCCUGGAGUGAGAGAAAAGAAAUCAAGAAAAAACGAACGCCAAUCAAGCAGCCGGCAUAUACUGAUGGGCGGCUCUUCAGUUCAGGGGAGCUUGUCAGAAAUGUGGAGGGAGAGACAGAAGAGAAGGUAAACCAGGAGAUCAAUGGGGGAAGCACAAUGGAGGAGAGAGAGCAACUGCAGGAGUUCCAAUUACCAAGAGCGGAUGGUGCCCAUCCAGCCACAUCCCCCAGCCAGAUUUCUGCCGAGGAUGCAGUGCAAAGCCGCCUGACUACGCCACAAUCGUUCACCGGUACCUCAAAUCAAAGGAAACACGAGUGCCAGAGCCUUUUCAGACACCAUCUGGAAAAUGACCUGGUGAAAAGAAUUACAGGAAGGAAAGCCCGUCGGCGUGUGUUUGGGGCUAUCAAUGCUAACAAAUUCAACCAGUUUGGGACACUCUGUUCACCUUUUCAUGCGCUAGCAACCCCGGAGAUGCAGAAAUUAACUUUACCUCAAGACUUACCCAUGACCCCUCGGAUGCUGAGGCAGGGCAUAGUCUGCAGCACCGAGAUGGACUUAAGGUCUUUACCAUUAACCUUCCCAGACCUGGAUGCCGAGAAGACAGAAGAGCCCAGCCUGAGUGAGAGAAAGAAGUCAUCAGUCCACAUGAAAACCCCUCUGCUUCCCCCAUUAGUUAAACCUACCAGAGCUAGCCUCUCCCACAGUAAAAAGGCUAAAAGUUUCCAGUUUCCCUCCCAGUUCCCACAGUAGCUGUCUCUAUUAGCCUGUAAUAGAUGCUAAGUAUUGGCACCUUCUGAAAGAGAAUACCUGAAUUCCAUUUCUAGAGCAAUAUGCUUUGUCUUUUUUGUAUUAGACCCUGGAGCAUUGUUUUAAGCAAUCCCUUUGACACCUAAAUUCCUCUUUGACACUCACAUAAAGUAAUUGCAAAAGAGUAUUUUUGUACUUUGGUUUGAAAAUGGUGAAAUUUCUACACUGGAUAAUGAAAAUAAAGCAACUAACAUGG